AGGUCAGCAGCAGGAGGACGAUAUGGAUUUUAUCUCGCGACGAAAAGUGGGUCACAUUGAAGGCGCCUAUGCGCACGCUUCGAUUAUCGAUUGAAACGUUACGUGCCUUGGUUCGUACGCUGGAUCUCAUUUAUGCGAACGCAGUGGCCGUGGAUGCUCGUAGCGUGUGAGUUUCUCGCAGUAGGCCAGUGACUGACAUAUCUUUCGUUGGUUUGAUCCGUUCCGGGGUCGCGUGAUUUUUGGAAAGAUGCGGUGAAAUUCGAUGUAGACCGACGUGUGCCUUCGCGAAAAUCGGCCAUUUUGGUAGUGCGUGGUUUGACGAAAACGGAUAGGAAUCACCUCUGGGCAGCUACCCUCGACGGUUGUGCGUGGAAGUGGUGGCAGCUCGGUGUCGCCCACAGGACACAGCCGUUAAAACUGAAAACGAUCGUGGUUGUUGGCUCGGUGAACAAACAGCCUCGACAAAAUGGCAGGAAACGUGGGCAUGGAACAGUUAAUCCCGAUCGUGAACAAGCUGCAAGAUGCAUUCACGCAACUCGGGGUGCACAUGCAACUCGAUCUACCACAAAUCGCUGUGGUAGGUGGUCAGAGCGCUGGAAAAAGUUCUGUUCUCGAGAACUUUGUUGGAAAAGACUUCUUACCUAGAGGGUCAGGCAUUGUAACCAGAAGACCGCUUAUCUUACAAUUGAUUAACAGUACAACUGAAACUGCUGAGUUUUUACACUGCAAAGGUAAAAAAUUUGUUGAUUUUGAUGAAGUGAGGAAGGAAAUUGAAGCAGAAACAGACAGGGUUACAGGCAGUAACAAGGGUAUUUCUAACAUACCCAUAAAUUUAAGAGUAUAUUCACCUAAUGUUUUGAAUUUGACCUUGAUCGAUUUGCCUGGUCUCACAAAAGUACCAAUUGGAGACCAACCGGCAGACAUAGAAGCUCAAAUAAAAGCCAUGAUUUUUCAAUUUAUCAAAAGAGAAAAUUGUCUUAUAUUGGCAGUAACUCCUGCAAACACAGAUUUAGCAAAUAGCGAUGCUCUUAAACUUGCUAAAGAAGUAGAUCCUGAAGGUGUCCGUACAAUUGGUGUUAUUACAAAAUUGGAUCUUAUGGAUGAUGGUACUGAUGCAAGAGAUAUUUUGGAGAACAAAUUGUUACCUCUAAGGCGAGGCUAUAUAGGUGUCGUUAAUAGAAGUCAGAAAGAUAUAGAAGGUCGAAAAGAUAUAAAAAAUGCUUUAGCAGCUGAAAGAAAAUUUUUCCUGAGUCAUCCAUCUUAUCGGCAUCUAGCAGAUAGAUUAGGAACACCUUAUUUGCAACGAGUCUUGAAUCAACAAUUGACAAAUCAUAUCAGGGACACUUUGCCAGCAUUAAGAGAUAGAUUACAAAAACAGUUGCUUACAUUGGAAAAGGAUGUAGAUCAAUACAAGCAUUUUAGACCCGAUGAUCCUGCCAUAAAAACAAAAGCAAUGUUGCAGAUGAUACAACAGCUCCAGUCGGAUUUUGAAAGGACUAUAGAAGGUUCCGGAUCCGCGCAAAUCAAUACAAAUGAACUCAGUGGAGGUGCUAAAAUAAACAGAUUGUUCCAUGAACGUUUCCCAUUUGAAAUAGUUAAAAUGGAGUUUGAUGAAAAAGAAUUGAGAAGAGAAAUUGCUUUUGCCAUUAGGAACAUUCAUGGUAUCAGGGUUGGUCUGUUUACUCCUGAUAUGGCCUUUGAGGCAAUAGUCAAGAAACAAAUCAAUAGACUCAAAGAACCGAGUCUAAAAUGUGUAGACUUAGUUGUGCAGGAACUCAGUAACGUUGUACGCAUUUGUACAGAUAGGAUGUCACGUUAUCCUAGAUUGAGAGAAGAAACGGAACGUAUCAUAACUACUCAUAUUAGGCAACGAGAACAGAUGUGCAAGGAGCAGUUGAUUCUUUUGGUUGAUUGUGAACUGGCAUAUAUGAAUACAAAUCACGAAGAUUUCAUUGGUUUCGCCAACGCGGCAGCCAGUAGCCAUAAUGCAAGUGCACAACAAUCUUCAGAAAAUGCUGUUAAGUCUGGGCGCCAUACAUUAGGCAAUCAAGUAAUACGUAAGGGGUACAUGUGUAUUCAUAAUCUUGGUAUAAUGAAAGGUGGUUCCAGAGAUUAUUGGUUUGUCUUAACAUCGGAGAGUAUUUCUUGGUUCAAAGAUGAAGAAGAACGCGAGAAGAAGUAUAUGCUACCUUUAGAUGGAUUGAAAUUGCGCGACUUGGAACAAGGAUUCAUGUCUCGACGCCAUUUGUUUGCUUUGUUUAAUCCAGAGGGCAGAAAUGUUUAUAAGGAUUACAAACAACUUGAAUUGAGCUGCGAAACACAGGAUGAUGUUGAUUCCUGGAAGGCCUCAUUUCUCAGAGCUGGUGUAUACCCUGAAAAAUCAACGGAGCAAACAAAUGGAGAAGGAGAGGAAGGAUAUGAGGGUGGAUCAGAGGCCCAGUCAUCAAUGGAUCCUCAACUGGAGCGUCAAGUGGAAACCAUUAGGAAUUUAGUAGAUUCGUACAUGAAGAUUGUUACAAAAACUACUCGCGAUCUUGUUCCAAAGUCAAUUAUGCAUUUGAUCAUUAAUAAUGCAAAGGACUUCAUCAAUGGAGAAUUGUUGGCACAUCUUUAUGCAAGCGGUGAUCAGGCUUCAAUGAUGGAGGAGUCGCCCGAAGAAGCACAAAAACGAGAAGAAAUGUUACGUAUGUAUCAUGCAUGCAAGGAGGCACUUCGUAUCAUCGGAGAUGUUUCGAUGGCAACAGUUUCCACUCCGGUGCCGCCACCAGUGAAGAAUGAUUGGUUGGCAUCUGGCGAGAAUCCAAGGUUAUCACCACCAUCUCCUGGUGGGCAAAGACGUGGAGUGACACAGCCACCACCUAUUUCUAGUUCUCGAGUACCACCACCGGUUCCGACAAGUGUCCGGCCAGCACCGGCCAUUCCCAACCGACCUGGACCUGGUGGACCGCCACCGUCGCGUGCUACGCCUGGCCUACCUCCUCCUCUAAUACCAUCGCGCCGACAAUAAGUCUUCGCACUAACUCGCCUAUUCGCUACUAAUCAAUACAUACAUAUAUAUAUCGAUUGCAUCUAGUCAGUGUACAUUUUACACGAAAUACAAUUUCCUAAUGCUACAUGUUUUGUCCGCAUAUAUUACAGAUUAUGAGAUCACUGUUAAUUAGGGGUGUGUAAUGUAUGUCGUAUACAAUAGUUAGCGACGAGACCGCCGAAGAAUUUUGACGAGCAACUUAUAUCUCAUCUGCCACGUAUCUAAACCAUGCCAAUGACCCACAUUUCUUUUCGAGAGGUCCAAUUAUUUUGUAAGAACGACCAAGAGAUCAUUUCUCAUAAUUUCGAUCGUUUUUUCCCUCCUUAAUAAUAUUUCGAAGCUUUUAUGCUCGUUUUCAGUCACCCUAACAGAGUGUACGCGUACUCGUACAUAAACGUUUGCACACCUCUAAUUAAAAAUCCUAAUUGUCUAUGAUACGAUUAAUCGUUUCUAGCGGGAAGCCACUAGAUACAAAUUGCCCUCAUUCGCAUUCAUAAUAAAUAAAACUAGGUAGAGUGAUAUAUAUAUAUUUCUUUCAUUGUAAAUUAGUUCGACGGAAUUGUACAUGAUACCUGUAUAUACAACUAAAAACGUUGUAAAAUAAACUUGUCUUGGGUUCUUAUCGCAAGUGGAUAAGCAUUCAUUCGUUUACUAACAGCAUGACAUUUUAAUUACUGUAUUUAACAUAAGGAAUUAUGUAAAAAUGUAACAUAACGAUACACGAUGGUCUUGCGAUACAUGUUACGCGUGAAAGCUUUUAAAUCUUCUAAUAUCGUUGCUUUUAUUCUACUAUUAAUUCGAUAAGCUGUACUUGAUGUCGGUUUUUAAUUUGUUACUAGUCAUUAACCAAGGACGAAUAUGUCGGUGCCUGCAUUUAAACAUUUUGUUUACAGUGUUAUAAGUUAAAAGUAUUUUUGGAAACGAAUCAAAUUUUAAUUGCAAUGUAGCUCUGCGAUUAUAUUUCUGGAGGUCACGCUCUCAUUUACCUCAAAAUGAAUCGUUAGAAUGGUUUCUUGCAACUUUUGAUUCGAUUACACAUCUGUAUUAAAUCUUGGUGUCCAAGGAAAAACGCUUUAAAUUUGCCUGGCAGCGAACGGGUUAAUUUACAAUUAUUUCUAAUAAUAAUUAGUGUGGCGCGUCACGUUUUGUUGAGAAGCACUGAUGUGGCUUACUAUUAAGGUAUAGCAAAGAAAAUUUUUCAAAAUAGUGAAAUCUUUGGUAAAAUCCGAGUGUCCGUGGUGUAUGUUUAGUCGUGGGGGUGGUCUACAGCAGAGGGUGACACAAGCUGCGACGCAGGCCGCUGCUAACGCCGCCGUGAACGAGCUGAUGGAUGCAUUCAAGAUCAAGUAAAUAGACUUGCUGUCCAUACUUUUCUAUAACGGAGUUUUACCCUUAACCACCAUUACGAUAUGGGUACCUCUUUAUUUAAGUUGCGCAAGUAGAUUGGUAGACUGUUCAGGGUUGAGAAUGAACACUAAUUCGAUGUCCUUAACUGUUUUCUCGAUAGAAUUUUUAAUAACAAUUUUCGCGCGUAACCGCUAUCAUUCUUUCUUCUUUACUCUCUCUAUAUCUCAUACUCUCUCGCUCUCUUGCAUGGUCCGAGAAAUUUAAUUAACAGCGAUGAUGAUGAUGCCUUUGAAGAUUGUAUAUCGUUAUAAAUAUACGUGCACACGGAGUUGGGCUUAAUAAAUUUCGGAAUAAAGAUAAGGUGAUUUUGUAAGCAAUGUUGAGAAUUGUUCGUUGGUCGAGACCUUUUCUAUGACGAAUAACAUCUUAUUCGUAUAAACGUAGUUGGAAUAUUUUAUUCGUUAUUCGAAAUGAAAUUUGCCCAACUCCACGGGUGUAUAUGUAAAUACAGUUAAUCCUAUGAGAGUGUUCGUAUCCUCUAUGUCUACUGAAGAAAUUUGUCUAAAUUAAAUGAUAGGCUUGAUGUUUCUAAAUAAAGGUUUGAUUAUAAAUAUGUACAUAAGUAGACUUCACACAUAUACACAUUUAUAAUGGAAAAAUUCAUUGGAAAACAUAAAGCCUACCAUUUAAUUUAUAAAAACUUAAUAGAGGAUACAAAUGUGUAUGAGGUUGACUGUAGAUACAGAAAAAAAAGCACACGAUUCCCGGGUGUGUUUGUUGCAUAAUGUAGGAAAUACGAUUAAAGGAAUAUCCAUGUCUAUUUGUAACACGUGCAAUUUGCUUCGUGGCAUUCCAUGUAUAUUAAUUCUAAUCCCCUCAGAGAAAGGAUUAACCCUUAGAGAAUCGAAAUAGAUACGCUUUUUACGAAUGUCAAAGUAUAGGGCGUGCGUUGUGUAAUAACUCGAUGAAAUUGUCCGAGGAGAAGUCACAGAAUCUCUUGUAAAAAGGAAGAGUAUAUAAAUAUAAAUUUCACAUCUGUUUCGCUUGCAACGUUGAAAAAGUUGGGCGGUCAGAGCGGCGAGCGAUCGUCUCGUUGAUAAAUGUAAAAACGCAGAGUCUAUCUUCACUGUAAUUGUAUCCAGUGAAUCUAUCCUGGAAAGUCUACCAGAACCCUAUAAUGUGAUCAAAGGUAGUUUCGAUUAAACGGUAUUCCGUUUUGCGAACGAGAAACGUUUUUGUAUCAUAAUUAGUCACGGUGAAUUCAUCGAUUGCGUAACAAAAGAUCGUUUCUAAAUUCUAUUUUUCUGUUCCUUUUCUAUUUUUAUUAUUGUUUUUUUUUUGUUGUUGCGAGAUAAGAAAAAAAAUGUCAUGCUGUUGGGAAAGAGUUGAAAGAUUGUCGGGAAACCGUUCGUUUACGUCGUGCGUAUCGAUCGAUCGAUCGAUCGGUCGAAUCGGCGACAAUUGUGUUGAUACCGAAAUAAGUUUAAGUAUUCAUAAAAAGAAAAGCAAAAAAUAUAGUCACUGUUUCUCUACCUUUUAAGAUGUUCACCGUAUUUAGUUUCAUCUUAGCCGUAAAUAUUAAAUACCGUACGAAGAUAUACAUGUAUACAUACAUGCAUAACUAGCUACUCCCUAUGAAAUAUUAACGACAAAAAAAAAACAACGUGCUCAGACAUAGGAUGUGAUAUAGCGUAGAAUGCUUCGAGGAUUUUGCAUGAAAAUCCUGUGAAAACCCACACUCUCUAUUUCUCUCUGUCUCUCUUUCUCUAAAACAAAAAGAAAGGGUCUAAACUGACACUAACUGAUACCGGAUCAGAAUAAUUAUAACAGUAAUCGUAUUAUCGUUAACAAUGUAUAAUGAAUGUAUAUCACGCGGCGGGGGCGUUCAGGAGCUGUGUAUUAUUGUAUUACGACGGAACUUGUCGUUUCCAGGGCUCCUCGACCGUGCUUGGCAAUUUAGUUAAAUUGUACGUGUAUAUAAGGAUGAAUAUAUGAUGCGUGUACCAAAUUCUUGUAAUUAGACGUAAUAAACGCGUCUCCGCGAAGCAACGUGCUUCGAAUCUUGACUUGUACGAUAGUAUCGUAAUAUUUAUAUAUAAUUCAUAAUUAUAUAUAAAUGUAUAAUAUUUCGAAUAUUUUGAAUUAUAUAUAAUUUACAUAUAUAUUUAUAUAUGGAUAUAUAAAUAUAGAUGUACAUAAAUAUAAUUUUGGAUAAGAUUAUCGUAAGGAAACUUCGUGGGGAAUGGAAUGUUCGAUAUUUAUUUCGAAUCAAACUAUCUUUAGAAUCGGUUAAAUAAUAUCCAAAGUAAUGGAUUACCUUUAAACUUCAAACAAAUUCUACAAUAAGUUCGAAAGACAGAGUAAGAUUCUCUAAAUUCUUUGUUGUUUCUUCGUAAUUCUUUUUUCUCUCUAUUCACUUAUUAUUAAAUAAAAUUAUUUCCUGUUCAGUUUUUACUGUAAUUAAUUCUUGUAAAUCUCAAGGCUUAUAUAUAUUCUAUAUGGUGGUUACAAUAAACCCUUAUAAGCCAUUUGAGUCAAUUUCUAAAGAAAAUGUAAUGAAACGUAGUUAAAUAUAUCUGACAAUGAGUAUAGUAACUCUACAUUAUCUGAUUGUAAGUGCAAUAAAUACUUCAAAUAACAAAUUUAUUUAAUUACAUGGUAGAUUAAGUAGAAUACAAAGCUAGGUAAAUAUUAUAGUUACACAAAAAAAAGGAAUUCGUCGAAAUAACAAUAAUUCUAAAUCAUGAAACCAUUUCGUUAAUUUAAAAAAAAAAAAAAUGAAAAAGAUCAUGAUGUAAAUCCCUUCUCCAAUUCGUCUUGAAUAUUAUCGAUACUUUAGUUGUUUUUAUCUCAGGCAUAAAUAUUACUUUUAAAAUUGUUUCUUGAAACGGUAUAACAUAAAUAUGUACAUGUAUUAUUCUCGUAUUAUGAAUAAGAUAAUUAUUGCCAUAUACGUUAUGGCUAAAAAUGUUGUGUAACAUAUUAAAGUAACUCAGGCUUAGAAUAUACCUAAUGUAAUAGCUUAACGAAAUUAGGGAGAAUAUCAUUCCAUAUGGUUGUGUGAAAAUCACGAACGCACUGCGUGUUAUACGUUGCUCGUGUAAACAAUAAGAAUAAUGAAAUUACGAAAUGUUAUUUACUAGACUGCGGAUUUGAUGUAUUUAUGAUGUACGCUAAUAUGGAAAAUAUACAAAAAAUAUAUACAUCAUUUAUGUAGAAUAUAUUCUAUUAAUUAUUGUAAUAAUAUUUUAUUUGGCACAAAUGUAUAUAACUAUUGGUUAUGUUUAGUAUAUAUUUCUUAUAUUCCAUUGUAUUACAAAAGGUACAUAAAAUCCGCAGUUCAGUCACUACGAGUUACAAAAGACGUUAAAGAAAUUAUGUUUAGAACACUCGAACAGAAAAUAUGUGAAAUAUUUGACGCCAUAUGUUACAUUCUCUCAUCCUCUUUUCAUUACUUUCUUUAGUUUGAUUCAAAUUGGCUUAAAGAGGUUUGAUUUAUAUUUUAAUCCAGACAUGAUCGAUACUGAUCGAUAGUGAACCGAAAUGAUUCGAUUUUUGCUCCGCUCCACCCGUAACGAGUUUCCUUAAGAAAGCCAUAGAGAUAUUAUAAGAGAGAGAGAGUAAGGGAGCCAGACCUCCAGCCGCGUACCACAAUUAAAAAGAGAAAGAAAACCAUUGUAUUUGUACCAACCUGUCUUUGUCUAGCAACGUUUUCAACGUUGACUCUUUAUUCAAUUCAAUUCACGCAACUUUCAAUUAUUUUCUUGUUAUUUUCUUUAUCAUUGUUAACGUUGUACAAUAUAUACAUUGUAUAAAUGCGCAAUAUAAUAAUUGUAUAUGUUUUAUAAAUUCGCAAUGUACAGAUGUGCCGCGGUUUAUCCUUCUCUUUCUAACGAUGCAACAUUUCCACAUACAGGCAGGCCUAUAUCUUCCCUGCCCUAUCUAUUGUAUAAUAUCUCUAUGAAGAAAACGCGUGCAUUUAUCCAUGAAUAUUUGCAACGGUCUCGCGGUUCGAUAGUCAACAAUCGAAAGCACGAAACGGGUUCCUAUCGUUGCGCGACGAAUGCUACGUCGGUAGCGAGUUGAAUAUUUUCGAAUGGCUCGCGCAGUGACGCGUGGAAGACCGAGGGCAAUACUCGAAGUGCAAUUACAGAAAAGAAAAUAUUAUUUUUCGUUACAGCAGAACGUCGAAGGUCUACAUGGGUAGAUAACGACUUUACGAGAGCAUCGAUGACGACGAGCUCGCGUUUCUCGUGUCACUGCGCCCUUCGUGUUCCAUCUUAUCGGUUGUUCCAGACGUAAACGCAAUAGGACGGAUCACGAAAGACUCGAAGGCAAUUGUGCGAUUUUCGAAAUUGAGCGAAGCGUGCGCGUUCAGUGCCGUAACUAGCAUUUCUGAGGACCCAUUUCAUUGAACGAGUACAAUGGAAUUUUUAAUUUUUUUUGUAAGAAAACAGUCGAUAAAACCUGAAUCAAUAUUUAUUAGAUUAAAGAAACUUUCUUUAUAAAAUGUUUCUGGCGAGGCAGUUGCGAGACUUCUCCAUAUUUAUCAGUUAGUAUUCAACUUAUAUUUGUGACUGAAACGUGUUCAAAAAUAAUUAGCUGAUAUCAACCCUUUUAGUACCGACUCAAGUUCGAAAUAAAAAUGAUACAGAUUUAGUUUGAAGCUACUUAAUUUACAAAUAGACAUGUUAUGAAAUAAAGAGAAAAUUAUAUCGAUAAUGUUUAGUUAAAAUUAUGAAAAAAAAUCGAAUCGUUAUAAUUGAAAUCGAACAUACAUUAUAAACAGCAUUUAUAAAAAAAAAAAAAAAAAAAAAAAAAUCGUCCCUGACGUAGUUCGACGUGGAACAUAUAAUACAAAAUAUACAGUGGCUGUAGAAUGUAUUCGUACACCGAUCAAUUUCCCACUGACUAAAUAACUAAUUCUGUAUCAUCUAUUGCGGUGUAGGUUUUUUGUAAUACAGUUUGGGUUAACAUAAUUUAACGUCAACGCAGGAAUAUAAAUGAAUGUUGAAGUCUGAAAAGGUACUAAAAGGGUCAAGUCUAUUUCUUGUUUCAAAUUCAUGGGUCAAGCUUAGUUUUGUCACUAUACGCGGCGCCCAACUCCUUUGUUUCGAUAUUUUGAAGGGCCUAACGAUAAUCAGCGACGUUGAUCGAUCUAACAUGAAUUUGUUUAUGCCGACUUUACGUAAGAUCCGCGAUUUGUCAGAGGCGUGUACAACGUUCGCUUGCCGUUUGAUAAUUUGCACGAUGCCGGUCGAGGAAGCGUAUCUUUUCGAUAUAGUUGCUCGAGACGAUUAAUCGAUUAUUCAGAUUGAACACAGGGCAGCCCAGCCUGUAGUUUAAACCAGUUAAUCUCAACAGGCCCAGUAUGACUCCGAAUUAAGUACUCGAUUCGUUGGUUCUUGAGGAGCAAUGAGUGAAAGAUAUAAAAAUUUCCGAGUUGGCCAGGGAAGAUAUCAAUAAAAUAUUAAUACUACACUCGUACACAAUCAGUCUCAUAAUUACUCGUAUCCCCUUGUGCCUAUUGAAGAACUUUGUCUUAAUUAAAUGAUAGAUUCAAUGUUUCAUUAUAAAUAUGUACAUGAGUAAACUUCACAGGUGUAUGUAUUUAUAAUGAAAAAUUUAUCUGGAAACAUUAAACCUACUAUUUUAAUUCAAACAAAUGUCUUCAGUAAACGUAGAGGUGAUAUUAAAUACAUAUAUUGGUAUUAUAUUAUUAAACCAAGGGCUGUUAAAAACAACUUCGGAAUCAGUAGUGGAAUUGAAACAAAGUUUAGAAAAAAAAAUAAAAUUUCUUUUGUUAACUUUCUCGGUUCACAUUUAAUUGUACGAGAACCUUGAUAAAUAAUUACUUCAGCCUCGAGGAUUCCAUUAAUCACUGCGCCAAUCCCCCGAUUCACAAGGGACAUUGGUUUCUUGGAAUACCGUGUAAAUUAAGGUCAAAGGGUUUAACCGACUUUGAAAAGGAGGAGGUUACUCGAUUCGACAUAUAGAUUUUUCCUUUUUUAUAUAUAUGUUUAUAUGAAAAAUCGGUGUAAGUCGAGAAAACACCAAAAAUGUGUAUAGUUUAAUCAGUUAUUUAAUUGAAUUCAUUCGUAUAUAAAAUAAAAGUAAAAUAAAAGUACGAAUGCAAACGAAGCAGAAAACAUUGGUUCAUUCAUAAAGUAAGAAAUAUAUAAAGUUACAUCUUAUGAUUGUAACAAGUACCUAACAAUAAUCACGAGUGGUAUAUAACAGAUAUAAAGCAGAUCUCGAAAGCGAGCCAUUGGUCAAAAUAGAUUGAGAAACACUGGUUCAUACUACUCGCUGGAUAAUUGUAUCGUGUAUGGUGGCAAGACACCAAAAGGUAAACACACACACACACACACACACACUAAAGACCCGCGAGCAGCCACAAGUGGUAUUAUUGUAAUGUUACUGUACAGAAGUAUCCGUAUAUCUACGUAUAUAGAUAUACAAUACGUAUACAUACACUUAUACUAAUCAUUUUAUGCACUGUAAUGACAGAGUUAAGUAGGUCGUACGUUGAAAUUACAGAGAUAAUUACAAUUACGAUAUUAUUAUUAUUAUUAUUAUUAUUAUUAUUAUUAUUAUUAACGACAUUAUUAUGUACUGUAUAGGAUUAAAAGGUAACGUUACUUGUUUCAGUAGCGUGUAACACGUUCCAUGUUCGGUAGAUUAUGAGACGUUUUAUUUUCAAGUUUCACUAUUAGCGUGGUUACUUUGUGACAGAGGGUCGUUCUUGUUGCGCGUUGAGAUAUAGGCGAUAGAAAUAUUGUCGUAACUCUAAACGAUCCACGCGCCGUGCGUAGCGUUUCAAAAAUUGGGCAUAUCAAGUAGAUGCGCGCGCGCAAAAAUGAUCGUUCUUCUGUGUACAGAUUCUUCGAUGUUCGUCGGCGGUAUAUCGAGGGUUCCACCCUCCCGAGACCGUGAGCAUAUUUCUUUAUAAAAAUACAGUAUCGCCUGAGAAAUUGGCAACGGUUCGAGUCCGAGCUGAGAACUUAUAUGCCUAAUAUAUUGAAUCUGUCUUUAUGUAUUAGAUUGUCCCAAAAGUUUCUUUUGUGAGUUGCACUCAAUUAUUUUGUGCGUCGGUGUUUAUAUAAAUAGACAAUCUAAUUUUUUAGAUAAUUCAACAAUGUAAUACAAAACAUAAAAUAUCGUGUAUGUAUUACUUAUUAAUAAAACGAAAGAAACUUUUGGGACAACCUAAUAAAAAUAAGUCUUAUACAAGAGUCGUAUCAAGCAUAUAUUUAAAUUCUCCAAAAAAGAAAGCAUUGUUUAUUUACAAAUAAUCGGAGCCAGUUGAGUACAAACAGUGAAGGAUUUCUCAAAAUAAAAUAUUCCUUCAAAGUAACGUUAAUUAACAAAGUCAGGAAGUAAAAAUUAGCCAACUUCUCAGGCAAUAUAGUAUACAGUCUUGUGAAUUCAUUUUCCAUUUAUAAACAUUCAAAUGCGCGAGCAAAUAAAUUUUAUCAACCGAAAUCACUAUCGUAAAUGAUACUGACUGGGUGGAAUCUGUGUUACAGACGUUACAACGAAAGACGAUAAGUGAAAAAAAAAAACCUGUGAUGGGCCGAAUCACCCAUCGGUGUUCUUUUUAUGCUCGUACCGUCAAUUAAACAAUGAAUCGAUGUUUCGUUUGGAAUAAUCCUCCGUAUAAUUGUUUAUUUGUACCACCGUGUAUCGUGCGAUCUGUACAACGAUACUCGUCGUGUAUCGAGCCUAAAAGAAAAGGUCCUCGAGAAUAAACCCUCAGCUUUCGGGACUGGAUCCGAUGGAACCUAGCGUUGACGAUGUUUAGCGAUGUCACCGUUAACAGUACUAGAAAUCACUAACGGAUGCAAAGGAAGUAAUAAUUAAUCUCCGUGUGAACACUAGAAUAAUAUUGUUAUCGUACCUAGCAUUUAACCGUGGAACCGAGAAGCGAGUGUACACGCGUUUGUGGCAGACUGAUUAGUUUGGACAUCUUAACCUCUUCAGGGUCGUAUCCAUUUUUUUGUUCGGAUCGAACAAAAAUGCGAACUAAUACAUUUAUCCAUGACGUCUACCAAUCUUGCCCCGUUAUACUGAAAAAUUAAUUGCGAAUAAGUAUUUAUCGUUGGUUUCGUAUCAAGUAUUUUAUUAUGUUUAUAAUUAAUAUACAAUUUUUUAAAGAAUUAUAUUUUAAAUGAGUCAGAUGUAAUCUUUAUGAUACCUGUAGUGUACGUUAUGUAUGUUAUAAUAUACAUAAUGUAAGCUUUGUUAAUAAUUGAUAUACAAAGCAUUUUAUGUCUAGUGUUAUCGUGCAGUGAAGUUAUAAAUUGCCGAAAGCGUUUAUUAAUAAACUGCUUGCUGAGCUUUGUGAUGAAUAUUUAUUUAGUCUGAAAAAAAAGCAAUGUUAUAACGUUAAGUUAAUUACAAAUAUUUAAUCCCUAAUUUUAAUGAUUACUUCCACGUUACAUUAUUUAAAUUAACUUAAAAACGAAACGUACAGAUAUGUGCCAGUAUCCCCGAAGAGGUUAAGUACUUAAAAAUUGUAACCUAGAGUGUAAUCUUUAAUUUCCUAAGAACCCGACACGUUCGAACGAAAUCGUUUUCUUUUACCUCGUUCAUUUUAUUUUUUCUCAUUUCCCUCGAUAUAUUCGUAUCGUUCUCGAGAUUGGUUGCGUUCGGAUCUUUGUUUGCGCAAUAGAGAGAGAGGAAGAGGAAAGAAAAUCGCGCGAAACCGUGACCGAUUGAACGGAAACCACUUGACCGUGACGCAUCCUUCCACGCCACGGAUUAUUAUACAUGCUUCCAUCUAAGAGCCUUAACUAUAGCAAAGUUCUAGUUCAAACAAAGCUUACACACACCGUGUAGCGCGAAGUUAAGGGGUAGGACAAAUUUUAUUCGAACAGUAAACAUAUGGUGUUGAUUUGUAAUGUUUAUACGAUCGAGCAGCCUAAUUUCUACUUAUUCAUCCUGUAAUACUUCCUUUUGUAAUCUAAUUUUGACUCGAUGUCUAAACGGUUUUUUACCUUUUAUUCAUUAUUCGAAAUUUCUAUUUAGACAAAAAUUUGUCCUAUCUCUGGCAAAGUCCGAUCUUGUACAUCGCGGGCUGAGACCCAAUUGCCGUCUUAACGUACGGGCACGGGUGCCCCAUGCUAAUUUGUGCAACGUUGAACACAUACGUGACGAACGACAUUGGUCACUGGAAUUGCCCAUUGCCUUUGAAUUUCUUUUUUUUUUUUCAUCUGCGAUAUCUAAACGAAAUAAAUUCAACAAGGGUCCCAAUGCACUCAUUUGCUCGGGGGCCCGCAACGACGUUAAGACGGCUCUGUCGAGAACGUAACACGAACUGACGCGCGUAAACGUCAACGGUAGAAUCGACGUUGGGACGAAAAGGUGGAACGAAAUCUGCAAAAUAUGCAAUUAAGUCGAUUAACGGAAACCGUGACUGGCGCCACGAUUAUUUCCACGGGGUAUUAGAUCAGUGAUUCUUAACUACCAUCAAGCUGCGAACCAUCGUGCUGUAAAUAUUUGGCAACUGAUUUUAUGAAUUCUUAUUUUUUACCUGUCUUAAAAUUGCAGUUACAAUUAUCAAACGAUUUAGAACUGUAACGAAUUGUUUAUUUUCAAUUCGAAGGUUCUUAACCCUCUUUGAUCGAGAAAAUUUCAAAAUAAAUUUUACUGGUAACCUAAUUUAGGAUCAUAUAACAGGAGCAUUUAUAAUAAAUACGUAUUUUUAAAAUGCAAGUACACCAGCAGAGAAACUAUUAUAACGGAAAUGCUGAAAUUAUUCUCUAUGCAUUUUUACCAAGUACUCUCGAAGCCAUGUGAUGCCAGCAUUGGUUCCAAACUCGCGCAUACGCGUCGUUAAAAGUUGAAUGCGCAGUACUGUAGCCAGGGCCGGCGUUCUAGUUUUGCAACCUCGUCAAAAUUCACAAAUCCUAUCCAGACUUGUUUACUUUAACAUCUGAUCUUCAAAACAAUUUUUUUAAUUCCAUCGGGAAAAUCACUGUCACCCAUAUAUGGAUAACGUGGCGAUCAACUGUUAACGGAAAACACCGACCAAUCAGAGUGCGCGUAUGCCGGUUGAGCGUAGGCUACGCGCUAAGUGGCAGCUCUUGUACGCUACCAUGGCCGCUCCACCGGCAUACUCGCGCUCUGAUUGGUCGGGGUUUUCCGUUAAUAUCUCCUUAACGAAGCCGCGGAUAACAUUUUCGCUAAGGAAAAAGUUGUUUCAAAUCACCUCUAGCCUCUAUGUACAGGGUGUCCCAAAAAUGUUGGAAGUCAUUGAAAGGAGUGGUUUAGGAGGUGAUUUGAAACAACUUUUUCCUUAGCGAAAAUAUUGUCCGCGUCUUCGUUGAGGAGAUAUUAACGGAAAAUACUGACCAAUCAGAGCGCCAGUAUGCCGAUGGAGCGCUCGCGGCAGCGUAUGAGCGCGGCCGCCUAGCGCGUAGCCUACGCUCAACCGGUAUACUCGCGCUCUGAUUGGUUGGGGUAUUUUGUUAAUAUCUCCCCAACGAAGCCUCGGACAAUAUUUUCGCUAAGGAAAAAGUUGUUUCAAAUCACCUCCCGAACCACCUCUUUCAAGGUGUUACAACAUUUUUGGGACCAGCUGAUUCGCAGGUGAUUGCGAGUGUGCGUCUUUCUCACACGUCUUGAUCCUGAAAAAAUGUCCCACAAUUCUUGUAUACUUUUAUCAUUUUUGGGCGUGUUAAGGGCGUCACUGUAAUGGUCAGAUUAGGCAUUACUGACGCAACAGAUAAUGCAAAAAAAUGCAUGCGCGAAUAGGAAACAACACUGGCAUCACAGCCGAACCUCUCCGGCCAGUAUUGGCAUAUUUAUCAGUUCACUCCUGCAGUUCAUGUCGUCCGAUAGUUGACAGCAAAUAUUCUCUGUGCAUCUAUCUUACGCAUUUUCAAUACUUAUGUUACGUUUAUACCUUUACGACGUUAAUACCUUUGAACAACUUUCGCGUUCUCGUUACAAAUUGCUUACUUUACGUCGUUGCAUUCUUGUGCAUUUCUCGAUUCCUGGGAGUGUACAAAUAAAUUGUUACUUGUACAAAUAAUUUUUGAAAUGUGCAGUAAAAAAUAAAGAAUCAUCUAAAUAACGCGUCGAGCUUAGAAAAGUUAAGAAUUAUUGUGUUAGAUCGAUUAUAUCCGUGGCCAGUCGCGGCUGAACUAAGUAACCCACGUGAUGUCAAUGGCGAGCCCUUGGAAUAACGGGCACAGAAACAUUGAUUAAAUCCACAGUUUCGCGAGAUACGCAGCUUCUUGGAUAGUUUUAAUGUCGCGUAGCGUCUUCGUGAUCAUUUUUUAUACUUGCUACAACUCGCUAAUUUUUAUAGAAAUUUUCUUCCAUGUCCGAGAGAACAGAGGCGUUCGUUGAGUUCGUCGCCGAUCGAAUGGUUAAAUUCCUCCGAUGUAUAAUCGUAAAAAAAUUGCACGUAAUCGAGCAAGGGACGCAUCGACGGGGUUACUUAGCGAACUAAUUUCCGGUUUGUGCACUUCACGCGACUCACACACGUUGUAAUAUCGUGCGAACACACGCGCGGUAUGCAUACACUGUUUUCCUGCAAUAUAAAUGUGUAUAUAGGGAAUAACAUGUUAUAGAUUAUAAAUAUAUAUAUAUCUCUAUAUAUAAAAGAAUGAGAAUUCGAGAGAAAGCCUA